GGAGUUUCAUUUCCGGGAGGAACCGCUGAACAGGUAGCUGGCGCUGAAGGAAGUGUUUGAAUCCCUUCGUGGUCCCGGGCCUUGGUCCGGGGAAACUAGGUAUGAAGAUCACGAGGCAGAAACAUGCGAAAAAGCACCUCGGCUUCUUCCGCAACAAUUUCGGAGUUCGCGAGCCGUACCAGAUCCUGCUAGAUGGUACCUUCUGCCAGGCGGCGCUGCGGGGCCGCAUCCAGCUGCGGGAGCAGCUGCCCCGCUACCUCAUGGGGGAGACACAGCUGUGCACCACCAGGUGUGUGUUAAAAGAGUUAGAAACAUUGGGAAAGGACUUAUAUGGGGCAAAACUGAUUGCACAAAAAUGCCAGGUUCGAAAUUGUUCCCAUUUCAAGAAUGCAGUGAGUGGAUCAGAAUGUCUGCUUUCCAUGGUUGAAGACGGAAAUCCUCAUCAUUAUUUUGUGGCAUCACAGGAUCAGAAUUUGUCUAUGAAAGUAAAAAAAAGGCCCGGAGUUCCUCUUAUGUUUGUUAUUCAGAACACUAUAGUCUUGGACAAACCUUCUCCCAAAACAAUUGCCUUCGUUAAAGCAGUCGAGUCAGGUCAGCUUGUCUCCAUUCAUGAGAAGCAGAGUAUCAAGCAACUCAAAAAAGAACAGGGUUUAGUGACAAACCCUGAGCAGAGAAGAAGAAAAAAGCGGAAGAAAGUAAGUGGGCCCAAUCCUCUUAGCUGUUUGAAGAAAAAGAAAAAAGCACAGGAUACAAACCCAUCUGCUCCUGAAAAGAAAAGAAAAAGAAAAAGAAUACGGAACAGAUCAACCUCAAAAGUACUUUCUGAAAAGGAGACUGCAAAAGGAUAAGAAUCCUUUGGAUACUUUGAAAGACAUUCAAAUGUGAAAAGUACAUUUCUUUUUAAAACAAAGUAUUUAGGUUAGAAAAAACUUAUUUUUGUAAAUGGAUAUUGGUCCAUUGUCUUUGCAUAAAAUUAUUUAUAAAUAAAAAACAAAACAGUAAAUGGGUUUAGGAGAUUGUUUUUGGAGAUUUUGGAGAUCGUGCAUUGAUGUCAGACUAUUGUCUCCCUGUGUCUCAUCAUCAUUCCACCCAGCAACAUUGUAUGGAAAUAGUUGAAACAGUCAAAUAGUGUCAAAAGGCUUGGGGCAAGAAAAAAGUAGUUGUCUCUCACAUUCACAGAGGAAACCCUCUUUCAGCUCAUGCAGAGUUUUAUAUAUAUAAUUUAUAUUUCCAAAUGAUAUGAAUAUGCUGCACCCUUUUGAUCCAUCCAUUCUUGACUUUCCACCAGAAAGAAUGGAAGUUCUGCUUAUGUUGCUCAACCAUUUUUCCAGUAUAGUGAUACAUCCUAAAUUCAGUAUUUUUAUAUGACUAUAAACCUUAGAAUCCGCUGAACCAAGUAGCAUGCUGUGAUUGAAUUUUUUACACUAUUUUUUUGUUAUUCUAGAAGUUCAUAAUGUCCCAAUUUAGUAUCUGACUUGAUCUUACCACAUAUUUUAAUAAUUCUGUAAAGGAUCUCAAAAUACAGUUUUCCUUAUGAUAGUAUCAGGUCAUUUCUUACCCCUGGAGAUAUUUCUGGAGCCUUCUGUCUUCUAAUGUUGAAAGGUUUUCUGCUGAGCAUGUUGCUCAGCUGUCACCCAGGUACUCCUUGCCCUUAUCCAGAAUCUACUUUUUCACUUCUGGUUCCUAGAUUCUUCAUUUUAGAUUCUCUUGCUUGGUUUUCUUUUCUGCUCUCAUGAAGCGAAGAGUGUAGUACAUUUUUUUGAGGUUCAACCAGUACGUCUGCCCUCAUAUUUGUUGGACUGAUAAUCUAGCAAGAUAAAGAAUUCUUGGCUGAAAAUCAUUCCAUUCAGUUUCCCUGGAGAACUUAAUUGUGAGAGGCAACCAAUUGAUGUUUCUCUCUCACAUUGAUGUUUCUCUCCCUCUUCCCUUCCCCU